AAAAACCGCUAUUUUCCGUGGUUUACCGGCCGUCGCUUGAUACAGUGUUUGUAUGCUUACCUCAUAGGUACGCGCGGUGCAUCAGUCCUAUUUUCUAGCUCUAAUUGUACUUAAAAUGCUUAUCGAAAGAUUACCGGUGCAGGCGUGACAGUGUACAGGCUCGUUGGUAGAUGUUUGGUAACAAAUAGCGUAUAUUUUUAGCGGUGAAAUUUGUAGCAAAGCGAAUCACAGGUAGCAAAAACCAACAUGAUGCUCCGGAUCGGUUGCUGGAUCACGGCUCUGGUAGCCUGCAGCCUUCUACCGUUUAUCUGUUGCGCUGCAGAAACCGAAGGACAGAAAGAUGUAAUAUUCCUGCAACCGGGACGCAUGGUUUCGUACGCGUACGAUGAAUGGAGCAUCUCCCGACCCGGCUUGGUGGUGUACUGCUACCCGGGCCAGGAGCAAACCCUGCUGAACGCUUUCUGUACCGUGUCGAUCCGAAUGCACUGCGAUCAUGAUAACUACAACCAGUAUCUGGGCAGUGCGCCGGCCGAGGUGAAGAAGCACUACAAAGCCGAACAAAGUUUGUUCAGCUUUAACGUGUUUGCCUCGCGCAAACGGCGACAGGUGGAGCUGGAACCGUUUAACCAGAGCUGCCUCGGCGUGGUGUCUUCCGGGAAGUACGAGAUCGAGGUGCUGCUGAAUCGGUUCGAUUUGUGGCGCGUCGGGUUGCUGGUGUUGGGCGUGCUGCUCUUCUUCAUCGCCCUGCCGAUGAGCCAAAAUCCACUGUUCUACUACACGGGAGGAAUUCUGAUCGGCCUUACCUCGUUCGCACUGGCGCUCGUGUACAUGUUCAGCAAGCUGAUGCCAUACCGACCGCUCAUGCUCGGUGUGAUGGUUGGCGGAUGGACGCUAGGCUUUUACGGCAUGCAGAUGAUGUACGAAAACUUGCGGCUAAUCUUUGUGCUUUACCAGCAUUACGUGUUCUGGUAUCUGGCCAUCGUUGGAUCGAUAAGCUUCUUCGUGUGCUAUCGGCUUGGUCCACCGAAGGAUCACCGAAGCAAGCGCGUGAUUCAAUGGACGCUGCAACUGAUCGCCCUGACGAUGGUGUUCUUCAGCAGCUACCAGCGCACCCUAGCCACUGGGUUUGUGCUCGUCGUCAUUGCCGUGUACUACCAUGCCACACCGCUAGCACUGCUUCGGUGGAUCCGUAAUCGGUUUCGCAGUCGCUAUCCUAGCCGCCGACGUUUGCUUACGGUGGAAGAGUUUGAGGAGCAGGGAAGGAUCGAAACGGAUCGAGCGCUUAAAGAUCUGCGCGAGUACUGCCGCAGCCCGGAGUGCAAGCAGUGGACGACGAUGAUGAGGCUGCGGAAUCCGGUGCGCUUUGCGUCGUUCGUGGAAGGUUCACCGCACGUGAUGGACGAGGAGUGCAUCGAGUACGACACCGUACACUCCAGCCUAAGCAAUGAUGAUGACGAGUCGGAGGAUCUGCAGGGAUCUAGCGAGGGGGAAGAGAACUGAGCGCGUAAUAGAACCUGUCAGCGAAAAACGUAGUGAAAAACCAUAGAUGCCAUUAUUGAGAAUCGGACUGUAACGUGCGCUGUACUAGUUCUAAAUAUAGUCUUCUAUCUCAGAGCCAAGGGAUAAAGUCUUUCGAUAGCGUAAGUCAUUUAAGGACGGUACAUGUUCAGGGCAGUAGGUUAAAUACAAAGAAAAAACUCGUUUUUACUCAUCAAUCUUCAAAGCUAGAUUGCUCAAUGCUUUAUAUCCGUAAGCUCAAGUCACACCGAAACAUCAUUACUAUUGUAGAUAAUUCAUUCUGUAUCUUCUUUAUGUUAGCUGGUGGUACGAACUAUCUUUUGUAACUGUCCCCUCUAAAUGUUUGCUGAUGAGAUAAUGCUCUAAUGUUAAGUGUAUCGUAAAGUAAUACUUUGUUCGAAAUGUAAACUGUAUAAGCAUAUGAAGUAGAAAAGUAUGUAAAUACUGAAAAUAAAAUCCUAAUGUUUCGUCUACUAUGGAAUCA